CCACCACAGAUCAGCGCAUACUUAGGUCUAAGAUUAGGUCAUCCUAACAUCGGCACAUCGGUUACUGCCCGUUUAGACGCCCGCUCGAAUCCGCCGGUUCGGUCACCGUUCGACGCUCGGCGAACAGCGCCCCUGCCAACCACGGAUCUCACCGUCGGUGCUCAACUGAUCGUCUACCGACCCUACGUAAGGUCGCCCACCAUCUCCUGAUAAACGCGGUACCUCGCAGCUCUCUCGCACUGCAGAUCAGGGUCCUACAACAGUCCACCUUCAAAAGGCCUCCCGUUCCUCACUUUUGUCUCCAACAUCCACCUGCGAAUUUCCAAGACCAACUACCUCGACCAUCCUCCUACCAUCAUCCAUAAUGGACUCCCCAACCAUUGAACUCAUGUCCGCACUGGCGUCAAUGUUUGAAUCCGGCAAAUAUUCAGACCUGACCAUCAUUUGUGGCGACAAAAGGUAUUCAGUCCACCGCGCUCUGCUCGCAUCACGAUCAACCUUCUUCGAUGGCGCCUGCCGCAACCCCUUCCGCGAAUCGGAAACUGGAGUUAUCGACCUCACCGAAGACGAUCCGGAAGCUGUGGAGCAUAUGGUACACUAUUUCUACCAUCUCGACUAUCUAAGCAAGCCGCUUUCUCGCAGCUCCUCACUGCGAUCGUCUGGCGCCCGAUCACCACGCUUUUCACGACGAGCGCCCAAGAAGGUCAACUUCGCCCUGGUCGAAGACCCACUACUUGCAAUGGCGUCGGCAGCUGGCAGCGCUAUGCCCAUGACACCCCCAGAGGAGCAGGCCAACCAGUUCGACGCCCUGGAUGCGUCGGCAAAACUUCCUGAGACACCGACGGCUGACCAAUUCACGGAGGACCCUUUCGACGCCGUGACGGCGGAGCCAGAGGCCGAUGUCGAGAGACCACAUCUCAUCACACACGCCAAAGUGUACGCAAUCGCUGAGAAAUACGGCAUUUCUGGCCUGAAGUCUCUCGCCCGAAAGAAGUUCACGCAUCAGAUCGAGGCACACAUCAACAGUGACGAGCUGCCGGAAGCUUGCCAAGAAGCGUACGAAUCCACCGUCGACACGGAUCGAGGACUGCGCGACGUCAUUAUCCAAACCUUCCGCUCCCACCCAGACCUGUCCCUCCGCAAAGACGUCGAGCUAGCUGUGCGGGAAACGCCAGGACUCGCUUUCGAGCUCUUCAGGAUGGCGAGUGGUCUGCCCGUCACAUCAUGAGCCUGCACUAUCUCCCACCAAUCCUCAUUCACGAUCGAGCAUGCCUGUCACGGUUGCAUAUUCCCAUCCUGGAAGAGCGAAAAGUACCCGCGCAGCGUUCUUAGACCCCGAUGGCUUGUGCGAUGAAACGGU